AUGGUCGGCGGCCACAGCAUGUACGGGUCGGCAUCGGCAGGUGGGGCGGCGGGUGGAGCGGGCGAGGGACAGGGUAGCAGCACGCAAGUGUCCCUGUCGUCCGCAUCGCCACCGGCGUCGUCUGGGUCAUCGGCCGCACCCGGGCCGACCGUGUCCGGGACGGGGCUCGGUGAGGGAGCUGGCCAGCAGCCACCAUCACAGUCGUCCUCCGUACCGGCAACGUCGUCGGCUUCACCUGCGCCCACGAGUUCGUCAUCGUCCGCUUCGUCAACGCUGGCCGCACAAAUGUACAUAGACCAUCAGCGCAGCCAGCAGCAGCAACAGCAGCAGCAGCAGCAACAACAGCAGCAGCAACAUCACCAACAGCAGCAGCAUCAGCAACAUGCUCAAGCACAUCACCAGCAGCAGCUGCAUACGAGACGACUCCUGCAGGAAUGGACUCUGCAGUUCGGACCAACCGGAACAGCAACUGGUGCACGUUACAUUUAG